AUGCCAUUUAAUGAGGAUGAGUACAAGCAGAAGCUCAUUGACUGGGCCAUCAAGCUACGCCUUAGCUACCGAGAAGUCACGGACGAGUCGACCACUGAUUUACUCACAUACGGCAAGCCUCCGCUCGCGCGCCUGUUGCCAACGCAUCACUCAACGCUCUCGCGGUGGGUGAAGGAUUCGAUGGCAGCACGCUUACCAUUCAUCAUCGAAUUUGUGCAGUCCGCACUCAGCACCAUCAACCUCUUGAUCGACGGAUGGCGGGCUCACAAUCGCAGAGAGUACAUCGCUGUUUGCGGACACUUCGUCGAUGGCCAAGGCCAUCCUCGAACACUCCUCCUCGGCUUCCCACGACGUUAUGGCGGUCACACUGGCGACGACCUCGCAGCACUGGUGAAUCUUAUUGAGGCUUCGGAGGAGCAGCGUGUAGCUCUCUGGACCCUCAAAGGCGUCAUUGGCAAGCUGCACAACCUCGUUGUCUACAUUAAUCGAAACGACGCACGCCGUGAGCAGUUGAGAGCUCGCAUGCGCGUCACGAAGACAAGCGACGGCAUGCUGUUCGUCGGCGUGCUCCUCAGUGACGGUGGCAUUCGAUGGAACGCGACGUUCUACAUGAUCGAGCGUGCUCUUAAGUAUGGCGAGGGCAACGAGGGCGGCCAAGGCUCGGUGUGGCAAGUACUUUACGCCAUGGACUUCUUGCUCACGAAGCUUGAGAGCGUCAAAGAAGAGAUACACGCAAUGGAUGCUGAUAACAAGGACGAACUUCCGCCCUAUUACUCCGCAGGCGUGCUCGCUGCAUGGUCGAAGAUCAACACGUACUACGAGCUCACCGACCGAUCACCGAUCUACCUCACGGUGGCCACUGACCACGUCGACCAGGCCGAGACUUCUCCUUGUUCCUCGCCGACAAUCGACGACGAAUUCGAUGCUUGGGGCCAUACAACAGAUCGACCACACCGUGGCAAGAGGAGGAAGGUGGAGACCGAGUGGGAGGUCUGGAUAAAGCAGGUGCCGUCGAAGGACGACAUGAACGUUAAGAAUCCUCUUGCGUGGUGGGUGGACCGACGCCACGUUUGGCCCAUUCUCAGCAAACUUGCCCUUAACAUCUUCAGUACGCCGGCGAUGAGCGCAGAGCCAGAGCGCGUAUUCUCCGACGGCGGCGAGCUUAUCACCGACAAGCGCAACGGCCUCGGCGAUGACACAGUUGAAGCUGAGAUGAUACAGAAGAAUUGGAUUACUUCCAAGAUUUUGCAUCGGAUUGCGACACCUCGAGGUCUAUACAAAUUACCGGAUUAG